GCACCUCCUUCAAUAGCGCUUCCGGGUCGAAUGUGAAUCACUUAGCAGAGCAGGCUUGUUUUGCGAAAUCCACAACUUCAGAGGGAAAAUGGGGGAUAAUCCCGGUUUCGACGUAUCUUUACAGGAUAGCAAGGCGGCUUACAUUUUGAGCAAUGUGGCGGAGGUCGUCGAGCGAAUUCUCACAUUCGUACCGACCAAAUCUCUUCUACAAAUCGCCAGCGUGUGCAGGCUAUGGAGCAACUGUGCCCGCAGAGUGCUGAGAACUCAGCAGCAGCUGACGUGGGUGUCAGCCUGUGGGCCCUCCAGCUCAGAGGGACACGCCCUCUGUAAGGUCCUGGCGGAGGAAGUAGAGAAAGUAUUUCUCCUGCCCAAAAACGUUCUAGCCAUGGUGGACUGUGAGGCCUUCAAUGGACAAGCACCCUGCUACAGACAGAAUAAGGCAAAGAGGAGUCGCCACAGUCAAGACACUGUUGAGGACUUGUUCCAGCUCUUCCCUCGAAAUUGUGAUGUCAUGGGCAUUGCUACACCGGGCAUCGUCUUGACUCCCACUGGCUCUGGCUCCAGACCUCCAGAGGAGCACCAGGAGGGGGAGGCCGGCUUUGCCAUCAUGUUCCCCAGCAUGGAGGGCGUCCACAUCAAACCAUUUCACUUUUGUAAGAAGACCGUCUCCCCAGCCGCUUUGAAAGAAGCAGGACUAGUAGACAACCCAGAGCUACGAGUGGUGCUCCUCUUUUUCUAUGAGGCAUAUCGAUCUGGAGGGGCAUACUUCCUCAACCAAAUACUGGAGCCUCUAGCUAAGAGCAAAGCUCUGAUCACAGGAGGACUGGUAGAAAGUGUCUUCUCUCCCACCAGAUGCUGGUAAGAAAGAACAAGCCAUUAAAAAAAAGAAACAGAACAGAGUGACGCCUCCCCUAAUCUGAGUAUGCUUUAUCGUUAUAUUUCCUCAUAUAGUGGCAAAUGCGAGAGGUGUCACAAGAUCUCACACGAUUAAAACGUGACAAGAUCCUUGUCUUGUGGGUACUAGGCCUAGGACAAUAAUACAUUAAUUAAGUAAUCACACAAGAAAUGAAAAUUACCGGGAUCAUUUUGCCGGCUACAAUAUAUUGCCAUGUGUAUACGUGUCUGUUUUCCUCAUCUCUUGCCUACAAACAGGCAGGAAGAGAAUUCGCUCUGUGUAUUGGUUUCAGCACCUUGACGCGUUUGUUCCAUAGAACAACGGCAUGAACAGAGUGAGCCCUUUUGCCAGUCAUACAGUCUCUUUGUCUCGGUGGGUGGAGGCAGGGCCAGUAGCAUACACACAGAGUGUAGUAGAAAUUAAAUUAGUAGAUUGCAUUUAUAUAUUUUUUCCAUUGUACUUUUCUUAAAAGUAAUGUUAAAAUCUUGUCUGGUCUCAUUCUCAUAAACCCAAUCUUGUGUAUCGUAUCGUCUCGUCUCGUCUCGUGAACUGAGUUUCUCGUGACACCCCUAGCAAAUGGGGAAGGUUAUUUACUCAAUUGCAGAGAAUACCAGGCGUUUGGGUGUGUUUCUUGGUAGGGUGGUCUUCACUGGUUAAAAUAGGGGCUGGGCAGCAUAAAGCUCAAAAUAUUGUGAUUUUUUUCUUUUUAUGCCAAACAUGUUUUUUGGGUAGAAAAUGAAAUCACACAAUUUGGACGUAAAAUGUUUUUCAUUGGCAGUGACAAAAUGCACUUUUACAAUAAUAUAUUUUGUAUUUAUUGUCACAUAAGUCUUUCUCUGUGACCUCUACUACUUGUAUAAACGUCAGCUUUACAGAUGCCAUGUGCCCGUGGCAUCAGUCAUAGGGUAGGCGAUGUGUGCGGCCGAGUGUUUAUUUUUUUUCCUAAGGUGUGGUGUUUAUUUAUUCAAGUGGAUGAUUAUAAUUGGCACGCACUGUCUAUCGGAGCAGAGGCCACUAUUUGAGGAAAUACAUGUUGCUUUGGAUAUCAAUGCCACGAACUAAAGUCUGAGAAUGUCGUUGCUCUCUCUUCAACAAUAUUCCCACCUUGCUUCUCGCAACAUUUCUAUAGCUGUAGCCAGGGCGUGUGCGGCGUGGUGGGCCUGGCCCUGAGCGGCCCCAAAGUGCAGGGAGCGUCUGUGCUCCUAGACCAGGACGUCGUCAGCCCCAAGACGGCUGAAGCUACCAUCCGGAGGCUGAAGGCCACCAAGAUCCCUGAGAG